AUGAACGACAACGUAUCGACUUGCGCUUUUGAGGUAUUCUUCGAAAGCCAUCUACCCAGCUCCGAAAUCGCGCUCGACGCGGUUAUUGGAGAGCUCAAAAAGCAAAAGAUGCUUGUUUCGCGAGGCCGGUCUUUGCAUCAGACACCGUCCUCAUCCACGCACAAAUCAUCUUUCUCGCACACUUUCAAAUCAUUCAAAACUCUGUUCCGAUCUGGCAACGCAAAGCCAAGUCGCGUCAUGAAGACGCUACAAUCUGUUGGCAACGCCGUUCGUAAAGCGCUCGGGAGGAUCGAAAACCGAGAGGUGAACUCCUGCGCCAUCAGGCUGGAAGAUGACGUGGAAUCUACUGCCCAUGGUUGCAUCACCUCAAAUUUGGAGGAUCCCUUACAUGCUACAGACGUUGUAGCGCCAAUCAUGGGCAUUGACAGUAGCAACGUCCAUUUUUCGUCGACGCAAAUCGAUUUCAUACUUUUUUCCCGUGUCGCGCAAAUCAUGAACAAGGACGCGCGUCGAAGGUCUUGCUUCGCGGUAACCUUCAAAGAUUCCAAUGUGUCGUUGUGGUGGUUCACGAGGUCGCUUACCGUCAAAUCCACGCCGUUUGAUAUGAUCGAGCACGCAGACCUUCUUAUCCGAGUUUUUGUCUUUCUGUUCGGUUCGCAGAAGCACCUACUGGGGUACGAUCCCCUGGUGACACUUCUCCCGGACAGAAACUACGUAUACGAGGUCCCUUUCGAUGGCCACGCAGGUCCCCUUUACUACAGAACCAUCAACCUGAUCUGCGACUCCGAGCCCGCCUUUGUUUCUGGUCGUCGCUUGCGGGUCUGGGAGGUUCAGCAGGUGGAGUCUGUCUCGAAUCCAGUCCGCAUCCCAGGCACACCCCGCAGGGUAUUGAAAGACGUCAUUCUGGACGCCGGCGUGCGCACCGAGGCGGAUAUCCAAGGGGAACUUUUCGCUGAUAUCGCGAAGUUGGCCCAGGACGAAUCAUGGGCUUCACGGCCUCUACUCAACGACUUCCCUAAGCGCGAUCUGGACGUUCUUGCCGAUGCAUUGGAGGGAGACGAGUUCAAGCGUUACUUUUCCUGCAUCAUUGCGAAGCACGUCGGGGACGCUGAUGAAGUCACCGGCCACUUUCAUCCGCCAACGUCGCCCACGGGGGAUACUCCCCCCAGGCCGAAGCGCCGAUGUUUCUUCAUCUACGAGCACGUCUGCACCGCCCUCAACAAUAUUUCGACCCUCGGAGAAGCGGUCGACGCUCUCAAGCAAACCCUCAUUCCGCUACGCCUGAUGUUCCUAGCUGGAUGGGUCCAUCGCGAUAUCAGUCCCGGCAAUAUCCUCGUGUAUCGAGAGGAACGGGGCUCACCUUGGACCGUUAAGCUCUCUGACCUUGAGCACGCAAGGCGCUUCCCUGACCCUGAAACACCCGUUGAGGAUCGUGUAACGGGAACGCCCUACUUCAUUGCCUAUGAAGUGUUAGAUGCGCAAGAACUUCUCCCCAGCAAGGCAGUCUCUUAUGAGGACUUGUCAUACGAAUUCCUUCCUAUCGUGCACAACUACCAGCACGACCUCGAGUCCAUCUUUUGGAUCCUCCUCUGGCUCAUCUCCAUGCGCGUCAACGAAACUUUACCGAGAGUGUUCGGCAAAAUGUACUUCCAACAACGCGUUGACAGUAACUACGCUGCUCUCCGCUAUCGUGCACUGACGCACAGCCUCUUCUGCCACCUGGAGCUAAUGAAGUCUCUCCCGCAACCACUACGCUGCUGCACGUUCUUCAAUCACCUCGACUCAUUGCGAGACGACCUUCACCUUCAGUACGUCGCGCGGAACCGUGAUAAAAUGUGCGACGACCUGGCCUCCUAUUCGUGGAUGGUAAGCCACGGGAUCAACGCCUUUUUCGACGCCGUUGAGGCAAUCAGGAGCGAAUGGGCGCACGUCGAGCUUAUGGUCGACUGGGAGUCGCGCUCGGCGUUCACUCCGCACCCCCCUCAGGAAUCUGACGCCCAAGUGGCAUCCCCGCCUCCUAGCCAACACCAGAACGUCGCGUCGUCGAAUAAGCGCCGGGCAGCAGAUACAGGUGAAGAAGGGAGAGCUCACAAGAGGGCCCGACCGAGCCCUGUCCGCAUUCCCGCCAUUGUACCUCGCCGCUGUGGCCCAGUAACCAGAUCGAUGGCGAGGAGUGAAGGUCGUAUCACCAGAUCUACCACUCGCCGUCUUCAAGAAGAAGCAAAAAGGAAGCAGCGCCGUUUGUAG